ACCUUCCUUCCCUCCCUUCCCUGUUCCCUCCCACUCAUCUCUCUCGCAGCCUUCUGUUUGUAACCUGAGGAAGACUCAGAAACGAACUAUCUAAACGAAGCUAUUAGCUAUCCAAUGGCCCUUAUCAAAUCAAAGCUACGGUUACUCCACACUCUCUCAGAGCGCGUGCUCAUAAUCCAGAGUUAUUCAUUUUCUUCAGAAGCCCAACAUCUUCAAGAGGAUGAUGACGAUACAGGCAAUAAUUCCAAAACUGCUCCUACCGCUAAACUAACCUAUGAAGAAACCCUAAUCGCCGAAAAACUACACUCCAUAAUCAAAGACCACCACCGCAAAAACCCAAACCCUAACUACACCGCGCCAAAUCCUAACUACACCAUCCCCAGCCUCUCCCACGACUUCUCCCAGAUCUCCACCGUACAUUCCAUCAGCCCCUCCAUCGUGCGUCGCGUCAUCGAGAGAUGCGGUGGUGUCCGCCAUGGCAUACCCUUUCUCCAGGCCCUAGCGUUCUUCAACUGGGCAACGGCCCACGACGUCCCGGCCCAGCUCACCCCCGAGCACUACAACGAGAUGGUCGAUCUCGCCGGGAAGGUCCGCCAGUUCGACUUGGCCUGGCACGUGAUCGAUUCGAUGAAGGCUCGGAACGUGGAAAUCACCGUCGAGACCUUCUCGAUUCUCGUCCGCCGGUACGUGCGGGCCGGUCUGGCCGCAGAGGCGGUGCACGCGUUUAAUCGCAUGGAAGACUAUGGUUGUAAGCCCGAUAAAAUUGCGUUCUCGAUUGUGAUUGGUAUUUUGUGCAGGAAAAGAAGGGCAAGUGAGGCUCAGUCAUUCUUUGAUAGCUUGAAGGAUAGGUUUGAGCCCGAUGUGGUUGUGUACACGAGCUUGGUUCACGGGUGGUUUCGGGCGGGUAAUACUUCGGAGGCCGAGAGGGUGUUUAGGGAGAUGAAGAUAGCUGGGAUUAAGCCCAAUGUGUACACUUACAGUAUCGUGAUCGACGCGUUGUGUAGGGGCAGGCAAAUCACGCGUGCCCACGACGUGUUUGCGGAAAUGCUCGACUCGGGCUGUGACCCCAAUUCGAUCACUUUUAAUAACCUAAUGCGGGUUCAUGUGAAAGCCGGGCGAACUGAGAAGGUCUUGCAGGUGUAUAAUCAGAUGAAGAGGCUUGGAUGCCCUGGUGACACGAUCACACAUAAUUUUCUUAUAGAGACUCAUUGUCGGGAUGACAAUCUUGAUGAGGCAAUUAAGGUACUUAAUUCGAUGGUUAAGAAAGGGUGUAGUGCGAACGCGUCUACGUUUAAUUUGAUAUUUAGGUGCAUUUUGAAGAUACGGGAUGUGAAUGGUGCUCACCGAAUGUAUGCUAAGAUGAAGGAGCUGAACUGUAGGCCUAACACCGUCACCUACAAUAUAUUGAUGCGGAUGUUUGCUGACUCGAAAUCAACCGAUAUGGUUCUCAAGCUGAAGAAGGAGAUGGAUGAGGAUGAGAUGGAGCCUAAUGUGAAUACGUACCGGGUUUUGAUCUCGAUGUAUUGUGGGAUGGGGCAUUGGAACAAUGCCUACAAGUUUUUCAGGGAGAUGAUUGAAGAGAAAUGCUUAAAACCUAGUUCUCAUGAUUAUGAGAUGGUUCUGCAGCAACUAAGAAAAGCAGGGCAGUUAAAGAAGCACGAGGAGUUAGUGGAGAAGAUGGUGGAGAGGGGAUUUGCUUCCCGCCCUUUGUAGAACUAGCUAUUAAUUUUUUGCACCUAUGAGCCCCAUUAGGUGGUCAUUGAGCUCUCUCGAUUUUUCUUCUUUUUGGUCGCAGAUUAUGAUGUAAUUGUUUUUGCAAUGCUUGUAAUCAUGUUUUUGACAUUGUAUGUGGGACAAUUUUGAUUUCCUUGUA